AUGAAUAGUGAGAGUAAAGUGCGCAGGUGCGCCCAGAGCGCUGAGAAGGGUGCACUGGCCUGGGGUGUGCGCCUCGCUCCUCUAGGUAUUGGAGAGAGAGAGAGAACACCCUUCCACCUCUGGGGAUCCCGUUCCUUUGGGGCCGCGCGCAGUUCCGAGCGCUCUCGGUACCCGAGACAGGCGGUGGCGACGUCCAACACGGGAGAUUUUUACCCCCCCUCCGCCCCCGCCAAGCUAUGGGCUGAGAGGCUGCGAAGAAGAGGCCUGACGUGUGUGUUCGGGGUAGAUACGUUCCAGGCUCACUCAGGUCCCCACUCCAGCCCUCCCUCACCCCCUGCAAUCCCCGCGGUCUUGCGUCCGGAGCGAAUUCGAGGGGGUGGGGUGACCUCCAAAAACUCGCAGAAACUGGAAGGGGGCGAGAGGAGGGUACAUCCCCUUCCUCGGAAGGACUUGGAAGACUUUGACUCUCCCCUCCCCCCCUUUUCCGCCCCGGCUCUUCUUUUGUUGUCAAGUCCUUUUGAUAAAUGGUGGGGCUGGGAGCGCUGGGGAGCCGGGAGCCAGUCUGUACCCGCGCUGGGGGGCGGGGGGCGGGGGCCGGGACUUGAGACCCGAUUUCCACCCUCGCUCGCCCAGCCGGUGCCCCGUCGGCGCCGAAGUCGGGUCUGGGACCUGCCCUCGGGGUGCUCGCGUUCUCCACUCUCACCACCCCAUUCCUCCCUCCCUCAUUUUUGUCUCUGUCUCCCACUCCGCACAGGUACCGAGAACUUUCUAGGGAAUCGACGUAGUUUCUCUGGCUGCGGGUGUGCUGCCUGUAUCAGAAUAAAUCCAGCUCUCAGGCAUCCAGCGGGAAACGGCUCCCGGCUCCCGGGUGUGGAGACGCCCCAUCCACCCAGCGCAGGACGCGAGGUGGCUCCUCGAGCUCAGAAGGCUGCAGGUCUGGCCUCUGAGGGAGGCUGGACUAGCAGCGUCCGCGGCCUUAGCAGUCUCUCCCGAUCUGCAGUGCCCCUCAGCCCCCACCCUCUGCCGGUGCCUCGGAAACCCGCCGGGGCCGAGUCCGCCCUGGGCGAAAAUUGAAAGCAAAUUCCACGGCAGACGGAGCUCGAACUUUCUUCAAAGCAAGUUUGCAGCAGAGAUUCGGCGGUCGCUUUGAGACGACAGCGCGCUUUAGGGGUGUGUCCGAGCGCACAGUGGGGAGGUGGGCAAAGAGGGUACCUGGUGGCCGAGCUUGGUCCGCGGUAAAACGCGAAGGCAGGCGCCUCCCUUUCCUUAUUUCUCGCCAGCUUCUUGGGCCCUGCCCCGUAAAAAUAUAGUUUCCAACGUGCCGCGGACUCCCAGGAUGCGUUUAUGGUAAUCGCACCAGGGAGGAGGCGACUUUUGUAAAAGUUGCAGAAAGCUUUGUCCACAAGCGUCCGCCCAGCAGGGCUCAAGAAAGCUUGGGACCAACUCGACUUCUCCCGGGCAGAAUGAGCCCCCCUGGAGAGUCCCCUGCCCGGCACUUUCCCCUCACCUCGAAACCGCACGUAAAUAACCUCCUGCUGCCUUGCACUGCAAACUUCCCCGCGCGCUGCAGCGGUUGGCGGGCGAGGCCCGGACGCAGAGCCAGACCGCAAGGCCGCUCGUCUGCCUGCUCAUCCCAGCCUUGAGAUAGGCUUGCGCGGAGAUGAGAGGAUGAGUGUGGUUCUGUCUCCCACUGGGCUGCCCACUUGGCUGCCCAGACCAUCACCGUGGACCUCCCAGAGCAGCGUUUCCCCUGGGGAGCGGUGGUCUUGGGGGGCUGACGAGGGCGCAAACUGCGCGUCCGGGGGGAGAGGGGGCCGCCGGUCUCUCCGCGGGGCCUGUCGCCCGGCCGGCCGCGGCGGGUGAGUGAUGAGGGCAGAGAAGGGCGCCCAUAAAUCGCGGGUGUCAGGGCGAAAAACUCUCUUUAUUGUCUGCGUGAUGGAUGGGCCCGGGGACGAGACACCAAAUACUUCGUAUCGCCUUUAAAUGGGAACACAUUUUCCGCGGCCAUAAUUCAUGUUUUUUAAAUAGAAAGUUUGAAAUGUUGCCUAUAUUUCACCGGCCCUGACAUAUUUAUGAAUCGCUCCCUGCAUGCAAAUAUCAUUAUUUAAAGCGCCGGGGAGAGCUCAGGGGAGGGGAGGAGGCGCGGCCCCCGGGGCGUGGGGGUGGUGAACCGGGGA